AAAUAAAAGGAAAGUUAAAAAGGACUUAAAAGCUAAAAGCAAAGCUACCCUAGAAAAGCCUCUACUUUAUUGAAUUUGUUUUUUGUGUUUUGUAAAAAGCUUGUUUUCAUUGUUUAUUGCUUCCAGUUCCACCUCUCAAAAAUGUUAAUUUGUCUUCUAUAUUCAAAAAGUUUCUUCUCUUAUCUCUCCAUACACUAAUUUCGUUUUCUCACCAGUGCUUCUUUCUUUUUCUCCUUCUUAAAGUAAAGUCAAGUUUAACAACUUUCUCUCAUAAUAAACAAAUUCAUUUCAUUCUCAUCUUCUUCAAUUCAAUAUUCUCAAUUCUCAUCUUAUAUUUGUGAAAUGAGAGCUGGGUUAAGUACAAUCCAACAAACCCUAACGCCGGAGGCGGCUAGUGUUUUAAAUCAUUCAAUCGCGGAAGCCGGUCGACGGAACCAUGGCCAAACCACGCCGCUUCAUGUGGCUGCUACUUUACUAGCUUCACCUUCCGGUUACCUCCGACAAGCAUGUAUAAAAUCCCAUCCAAAUUCAUCUCAUCCUCUUCAGUGUAGAGCUUUGGAAUUAUGUUUCAGUGUUGCUUUAGAACGGUUACCGACGUCGCAGAACGCUAGUUCCACGUCGGCGAUGGAACCUCCGAUUUCAAAUGCUUUGAUGGCAGCUUUGAAACGUGCUCAAGCUCAUCAACGUCGUGGUUAUCCUGAACAGCAACAACAACCGCUUCUUGCUGUCAAAGUUGAAUUGGAACAACUCAUCAUAUCAAUUCUUGAUGAUCCUAGUGUUAGUAGGGUCAUGAGAGAAGCUAGUUUUUCUAGUCCUGCUGUUAAAGCAACGAUUGAACAAUCCUUGAAUUCUGUUGCGCCUUCUCCGGUUACUGUUAAUUCCAAUCCGAUGAUGGGAUUCCGGCCGGGGAUGGUGACUCCUGGAGCGGCGCCGACUAGGAAUUUGUAUAUGAAUCCGAGGUUGCAACAACAAGGAGGUGCAGCAGCUCUAUCGGGAGCACAUAAGGGUGAUGAAGUGAAACGUGUUGUGGAAAUAUUGAUGAGGACGAAGAAGAGGAAUCCGGUUUUGGUUGGUGAAUCAGAGCCUGAAGCUGCUAUUAGAGAAGUUUUGAAGAAGAUUGAAAAUAAGGAAUUAGGGGAGGGUGUAUUUAGCAAUGCUCAUGCUAUUUAUUUAGAGAAGGAGCUUCCUUCAGAUAGAGGGCAGAUACCUGUGAGGAUUAAAGAAUUGGGGGAUUUGAUUGAGUCUCGGUUGGGAAAUUCGGGUUCCUGUGGUGGUGUGUUUAUCAAUUUAGGUGAUUUGAAAUGGUUGGUGGAACAACCUGUGGGAUUUGGAUUGGGGAAUAUGCAGCAGCCGGCGCUUGCGGAGGCCGGCCGCGCCGCGGUGGCAGAGAUGGGGAGAUUGGUUGCCAAAUUUGGGGAGGGUGGUGUUGGUAAGCUUUGGUUAUUGGGUACUGCUACUUGUGAGACUUAUUUGAGAUGUCAAGUUUAUCAUCCUUCCAUGGAAAAUGAUUGGGAUCUUCAAGCAGUGCCAAUUACUACAAGAUCACCUCUACCUGGAAUGUUUCCAAGGCUUGGGACCAAUGGAAUUCUCGGUACCACACUUGAGUCUUUAUCCCCAUUGAAGACCUUGACACCUACGCCAAUCACACCACUAACGCGCGCCUCGGAGAAUGUAGAUCCUGCAGCAGCAGCCGCACCAACUUGUUGCCCACAGUGUAUGCGGAGCUGUGAACAAGAAAUAGCAGAUAUGUUGAAAGAAACUGAAAAAUCUGAUAGUGAACUCAAACCAGAUGCCACUCGACCGCCUCUUCCACAAUGGUUGCAGAAUGCUAGAACUAACAACGAUAAUGCUAAAGUAAUGGAUCAGGCCCAGAGCAAUGGCCAAGAAGGGAAUGUGAAGAAGAGGACUCAAGAAAUACAAAAGAAAUGGCAUGAUUCAUGCUUAAACUUGCAUCCUAAAUUUCAUCAGCAAAAUGUGAGCACAGAGAGGAUUGUUCCCACCCCCUUUUCAAUGACGAACUUAUAUAAUGUGAAUUUGCUGGGGCGCCAAUUUCAACCCAAAGUGCAACCAAAUAAAAAUUUGGGAUGCUCUCUUCAAUUGAGCUCGAUUCCAAUUCCUAUCCAGCAAUCAGAACACACGGCAAGCCCACGGAAAAGUACAGUGACCACUGAACUGGUUCUUGGGCAAACCAAGCCAUCUGAUACCAUUCCAGAAGAGUCACACAGAGAACGAAUUAAUGACUUUUUGAGUUCCCUGUCUUCUGAGUCACAAGACAAGUUUGAUGAAUUACAUAGCAAAAAAUUAUUUGAUACUGACUCUUUCAAGAGGCUACUCAAAACUCUGACAGAAAAGGUGUGGUGGCAGCAGGAUGCAGCAUCUGCAAUAGCUACUGCAGUGACUCAGUGCAAGUUAGGCAAUGGUAAAAGACGAUCAAAGGGUGACACAUGGUUAAUGUUCACAGGUCCGGACAGAAUUGGCAAGAAGAGAAUGGCAGCAGCCCUUUCUGAACUGGUAUCAGGGUCCAAUCCAAUAGUAAUCUCCCUUGCACAGCGACGUGGAGAUGGAGACUCUAAUGCCCACCAAUUCCGUGGAAAAACAGUCCUUGAUCGCAUUGUAGAGACCAUCCGAAGGAACCCACAUUCUGUCAUCAUGCUUGAGGACAUUGAUGAAGCCAACACCCUUCUUCGCGGGAACAUCAAACGAGCCAUGGAGCAAGGACGGUUCCCUGAUUCUCAUGGCCGUGAAAUCAGUCUUGGAAAUGUCAUGUUUAUCCUCACAUCAAAUUGGUUGCCUGAGGACCUUAGUUACUUGUCCAAUGGUGCUCCACUAGACGACGAAAAACUUGAAAAUUUAGCAAGUGGAGGUUGGCAAUUGCGGCUAUCAGUGACCAAGAAGGUAUCAAAACGCAGACCCAGUUGGUUGUCGAAUGAAGAAAGGUCUUUGAAGCCUAGAAAGGAAUUGAACUUAGGUUUAUCAUUUGAUCUUAAUGAAGCCGCUGAUGUAGAGGAAGACAGGGCAGAUGGAUCACAUAAUUCUAGUGACUUCACAGUGGACCAUGAAGAGAACAAUCACAACGGAGGGUCGCCCUCUAAACCCCGUGAGCUUCUAGAUUCUGUUGAUGAUGCAAUUGUCUUCAAGCCAUUGAAUUUCGAUCUCAUUCGUCAAAAUUUCUCAGCAAGCAUCGCAAAGAGAUUCUCUGCUGUGGUUGGAAAUGGGAUCUCAAUUGAAGUGCAAGAGGAGGCUCUUGACAAGAUCACAAGUGGAGUGUGGUUAGGCCAAACCACAAUAGAUGAAUGGAUGGAAAAGGUAUUAGUUCCUUCCUUCCACCAGUUGAACAAGAGCUACAAUUCAAGCAACCUUGAUGAGCAUGAGUCUUCGUUGCUGGUUAGGCUCGAAGAUGAUGGCUACUCCGAUCGCCGGAGCUCACAAGAGUUGCUACCUGCUAGUGUGAGAGUCGCGGCGGAGUAGUAGUAGUAGUGUUGAGUAUCAAAUAUUGAAUAUUGAUUAUUGUUAAUACACAAUGAACAUGAGUGAUAAUAUCCGUUUUUGUUGGUUAUAGAAAUGUAAAUAGAUCUCUUUGGAAGGACAAAGUCAAUGACCCUUUGUAGAAUCGAGAAAAACCGUUAGAGGUGGAACAAGGGUCGGCAUGUGUCAUUUUUUCCCCUUAGAAAAAGAUUAUUUAAUUUGUCUUAUAAGUUAAAUAUUGUUUUUUUUUU